AUGAGCUCAGUCGAAGAGACACCGGUCCAUAGCCCGUUAAAGGCUGCUGUAGGGGAACGCAAAACCACUUUCUAUGUCCACCCCGGUGCUCUGAUCCAAGGCAAAUCUGCCUUAACCGCUAGGGUGACUGGACCAUGGAAGUUUGCCGGACAAGACUUAUUGGACUGGUCCGAUUUCGAUGAAGAAACUAUCAGUUGUGUUCUGGAAUUUUGCUAUUCCCAGAAAUAUACUACCCCAUGGGAACUGCAUCCAAGCAAGAAAAAAUCAGUACUACAAGAACCAACAAAAUCAUCUACUGAACACAAUGCUACAUCCAGCUCCUCACCGACUUCUCGAAGCUAUACGGGGGAUGCUAUAGUUCUACACGCGAAGGUCUACUCAUUCGCCCAGCGUUAUCUUGUUAUGGACCUACAAGAUUAUGCUCGUGUCCUAAUGAAGGAUGCUUUUGGACCUUUUCUGAAAGAGUAUGGGAGUUCGCCCUACGCAACGAGUGGUUCUCUGGCAGAUACGAUUCGGAUUAUCUACGGCAGCACGCUCCUAUCGAGCGAUCUUGCUCGCAAAGAUUUAUGCGAUUUUAUUGCCGCGUCCCAUGAGAAAUUUAGGAACGAUUUUGCCGACUUCCAAGAAGACACUGGGGACUUUAUGAGUGACCUAGCUUCGACACUCUCUCAACUCCUUUCCUCCAAGGAUGCCAUCAACAGGGAAUAUCAACGGAAAGACGCCGAAAGUCGAGCGCAAAAAAAAGUUGCCAAACCUGAGAAUACCUUAAAUACUACAAGCCCGUUUGGAUUCACAACUACUUCUUUUACCCCCAACGAUGGUCUGUUUGGGCGGGCAAGAUAUGCAUAG